AUGGCGAUGGAACUUUUCGUGGAUGAAGACUUGGGUAGCGGACCACAAUCUUCUGAGGGCUCGAAGUCUGGUCUUGGUGAGGCAGGCUUGAACUCCGGUCUUGGUGAGGCGCAUUCUUGUGAGGGCUCAAACUCCGGUCUUGGCGAGACAAGCCCUGACUUCAGUGGUGCCAGUUUCUCGUUGGAUGACGACGAGAUCAACGCCUACGACAGCAUCCUGAACCUCCAAGCGCCUGACUUCACCACCGUCAUGGCGAUUGUGCACGGUGCAGGGUACUGGACCGAGGUUGCGUGCUACUUCCAGGACUCUGACUUCGUGACUCCCCUCACCUUUAUGAACAGCCUCGGGCCGGAGGCCGUCGAGGACGAGGACUUUCUUUACUUCGCCAAUGUCGUUGGCUUCACGAACAGCCUCGGGAAGGAGUCCAACAAAGAAGACGACAUGGUCAGUGUGUUGCUGAAUGUGGAUGAUGUUUCUGAAGAAUUGUGAGCAGGCAGGGGGGAGAUAGAGCGUAGGGCGUGCUCUGCCA